AUGUCGCCUUAUCACUUAGUAUUCGGGAAGGCAUGUCAUUUUCCUAUGGAGAUAGAGCAUAGGGAAUAUUGGGCAAUUAAGAAAUUGAAUGUGGAUCUGUACAAGGCUGGAGAAAAUAGGCUUAUGAAGUUAAAUGAUUUGGAUGAAUUCCGUAAUGAGGCCUAUGAGAAUGUGAAGAUAUACAAGGAGAAGACGAAGGUUGAAGUUGUUUCUGGAAAGCUGAAGUCUAGAUGUUCAGGACCUUUCGCAGUGGUUACAAUAUUCCUGUAUGGUGUAGUAGAAGUUCACAGUGAAAAGACAGGACAUUUUAAGGUGAACGAACAACGAUUAAAGCAUUACAUAGAUGGUCAUGUGGAUCAAGUCAAGUCUGCAAUAAUUUUGCCCAUUUAA